GUUGUUUUCAUUGAAAUAGGUGUAAAGCUGUUCAAGACAGACAGACAGAAAGACAGACAGACAGACAGACAGACAGACAGACAGACAGACAGACAGACAGACAGACAGACAGACAGACAGACAGACAGACAGACAGACAGACAGAGAAAUAUUUAUUUAAAUUCGGCGAACUCUUCAGUGAUACCACUGCUUUACAAGAGGGCCGACAUUAUAUUAAAAAUAGCUAUAUACAAUUUUAGGCAUGAGAUGAGAUACAUUUUUUGAAGAUUUGUAAACUAUUGCUACAUUUUACUUCUUCUGGUAGUUCGUUCCAAACUUUUGCUCCGGAAAAGGCAAAACUUUUCUUUAGGAAUUCUGUUUGUGCUCUUGGCAAAAUUAGACAUAGUUUUCUAUUUCUAAGAGAAUAUGCUUGGUCUGUGAAAAACAUUUUAAAAUGGUCACGUAAGUAGACAGGAGCCAUAUUAUUUAAUAUUUUAUACAUCAUUAUGAGUUUAUGACUAUUUCUUAUUUUGGAAAGCGUUUUCCAUUUCAAUUGACUUCUAAUAUCAUUAGAUCUUACUUCAUAACCCUGACAAGUGAUAACUCUAGCUGGACGAUUUUGUUGUUUUUGGAGUCGUUGAUGUUAUCCAAAACAACAUCACAAUAGUCAAAUAUUGGUUGAAUUAGUGAAUUAUAUAUUGUAAGUAAUGUUGAAAGGGUAACAAACUCUCUCAUUUGCCGCAGACCGGAAAUUCCGGAGCAUAUGGUCUUAGAGAUUUUAUCAAUAUGAUCUCUCCAUGACAAUCUUUCGUCAAUAAAUAUCCCUAGUGAUUUUGAUACUUUAACUCUUCUUAUGGGUUUUCCACCCAAAACUAAAUAUGGUAUGUCCCGCAGUUUGUCAAGAUUACUGUCAGACGCAAUGAAUAUAUACUCCGUUUUAGUAACAUUCAGGGUAAGUUUAUUUGCUUUCAGCCAUAUGCGAAUAUUUUCAAGAUCUGUAUUGGCACCAGAUGCUAUUUCCUUUAUCAACUUUCCAGUUGUACUUAUAUUUGUAUCAUCCGCAUACAUUCGUGCUGUAGAAUGUUGCAGACACGAAGGAAGGUCAUUAAUGUAAACAAGAAAUGCAACGAGCGCUCACUUGAUACUAGACCAUUUACAUUACAUUUUUGUUUUCGGUCAAAUAGAUACGAUUUAAACCAAUUGAGACUCAUUGAAUCAACUCCAUAAAUCUGGAGUUUGCUCAACAAAAUCUCAUGAUCCACCGUAUCAAAUGCCUUGGCCAAAUCAAGAAACACUACAGAAUUCAAUUGGCCUUUGUCCAUAUUGCUUAGCCAUUCUGUAGUUGCGUCCAAAAGUGCGCUUGUGGUGGAGUGAACUGGCCUAAAUCCAGACUGUUUAUCAUAAAUAAGGCCAUUUUCAUUAAGGUAUGCUUGCAACUGGUCAUAAACGAUUCGUUCAAAGAUUGUGCUCACAGCACUUAGAACAGAGAUUGGUCUGUAAUUAUUUAAAAGAUCGUUUGCAUCUCCUUUAUGAAGUGGCUUAACUUUUGCAAUUUUCCAAUCAUCUGGAAAUGCAACAGUUGCUACUGAGCAGUUAAAUAAGUUGCAUAAUGAGACAGACAGACAGACAGACAGACAGACAGACAGGCAGACAGACAGACAGACAGACAGACAGACAGACAGACAGACAGACAGACAGACAGACAGACAGACAGACAGACAGACAGACAGACAGACAGACAGACAGACAGACAGACAGACAGACAGACAGACAGACAGACAGAUAUAUUUAUCAACAAACAAGCAGAACGAAUUACAACACACAGACGUGAAGAUAAACAAACAAGCACGAUGAAUUACAAUCAACCACUUACAAUUUAUGUGACGGUAAAAUUAACAACACGCUCGAUUCCAGCUUCGUUGGAAAGGAAAACAGUUCAUCUUUUAGACAAAAUGUUAAUAUGUUAUAUUUUAGACAAAAUUCCCAAACAUUAAACAUUCAAAGCAAACUUGCCCUAUAUUUCACGAUUUCCCAUAGUAAAUCAAUUCCUCUCAUUUUGUCAAACAAAAAUUGCUUCAAAGCUCUUAAUUGUACAUGAAACGAUUUUUAAAUAUAUGUUUUUGAAAAUUGAAAUAUUGCAUUUCCAACUCCUGGCAAGCAGCCAUAUUUUUUAGUUCAGUGAAGAGGUCCACCCAUACACCAUGAACCUUGACACCACUUUAGACUUCGCUAAUGCUUUCCUUUGCCCAGGUGUAAAUAGCCGGGGGGAAUUAGUACCCUUGCCCUGGGCUUAUGCCCAGAAUUAGUACCCUUGCCUGGGCGUUGCCUUUUGCAAUAUAAUUAUAAUUAAAUUCACUAACUUUCACACACAUAGAAAGCUAAUGCCCUGGGAAUCCCGGAGAUGCGGGGGGGAGUGGAUCAAUUGACCAGUGCAUAAUGCUCUCCUUCUCUUGAUAAGUGGCACCUCAGCGUACACAUGCAUUGCAGAUUAAUUCAAUGGGUUAACUAUCUUAGUCAUGCUUGUGGUAUUACAGUUUAUCAUUUUGUUUUCUGAUAGCUGUAUACAGUCGUAAUUUCAGACCUCCAGAGUGACCCAAUUUAUUGUUGAUGACAUUUGGGAGCUUGUUGUUGUUGUUGUAAGAUUUAUAGCUGCAUCAUUACAAGGGGUCUGAAAAGUCACCAGUAAUUAGAAAAGUAUUUUAAAUGCUGGAAGAUAAGGAGAUGAUGAUAGAAUACUGGAAAGCCUCGUGGAAUAGCAAGUGUAUGCCAUAAGGGGCAAACUAUGGUCUGAUGAAUAAGUUAAAGAUUGUGUUCUGGCUGCAUUUGAAUUAACAGGCCUCAAAGUUUCGUCCAGAGACCAAAUGCUAAAUGCGGAGUUUUAUGUCAAGGGAAAGGAAAUAUUAUGGCUAUUAUUAGUCAUGUAUUUAACACACUGCUAGAUAUUGCGCAGUUUUUUAUGCAAUUUGUGCUGAAGGGUUUGGAAAACUAAUUUUGACAUGAUAAAUGUAGUCAAGUAACACUUGUUGAAAAAACAUCGGAGAACAAGCUGCAUAAAUUAAAUUAAAUUAAAUUAAUGUUACACUUUGCCUCGAAACUGAAAAUUUACUGCAAUUGCUAAUAUAAACCUACUGUAUAGUAUGUUUAAACAUACAUUGCUAGCGCUUGUCUUUUAGUCUUCACAGUAUCCAUACAUUUCUUCAUUUUUUGAUAAAAGUUUCGAGAUUUAAAGAAAGUUCAACUUGUUCGCUUGUUGCUACGUUGCGGCAUUUAAGGGGAAUAUCAGGGGCGUGUCCUUCGAAAACAAAGAACUGUUUCCGUUUUUUGCAUCUUGCAUAUAUAUUUUGCAAUUCAUGGGUAAUUUGAUUUUCUAUACUGUUCAGUUGGAAAAUUGUAUUGAUUCUCCCGUUAAUUAAUAUUAAAGUGGUUGCAUGUUCCAAGUCUAGGUUCAAUGGCAUUGCAUUUUGUUACUGUACUUUGGCGUCGUUUAAGUUGGCCAGGACAAUUUUGCCUUUUAUAAUGUUAGAUGUUGUUUUGGGUUCUUUGGUUGUUUGCGUUUUAAAGUUUACAUCGGCAACGGAAAUUUUUGUCUUAGCGUGACACGUUGUACCAGAUGUGACAUGAUGGCAGCAUUUCCCAAUUCUAUCAUACGAAGUACGUUUGCGUACAUCCACGAAUACCAACUCUCCACGUCUAUAUCGUUUCCGAAAUCCUUACGGUUUCCAGUCAUAAUACAGCUCCUGAUCACAACACAUACGACCCAUAUACACGCUAUUGAAACUGUAACGAUGUUUUCUUUAAUUGUAGCUUUCCUUGUAUUCAUGUCAUUGGCUGUUGUUUCAGAGCUUGUUGUAUUAAUGAUUUCUACCGUCAGGCCAUUCGAUUUUUCAAUAUCGUUAGACGAAUUGCUGCGGAAAGUCUUCGCGUAAGCAAUGAAGGCGCACAGUGCACACAGCAUAGAGUAUGAUGAUAGUAUAAAAUUGACGUAUGAACUUACAUGUUGACCAUAAGGAUCCGUUGCUUCUGCGAUUCCUGCUAUGAUAAAUAUAUAGCAUUGCACAAACACCAUAUUGAACAGACACCGUGUACGAUCUUGCAGAUAUUCCAGACAAGGGUAGAUCAAGCGUGCAUAUGCAGCUAUUAAACAUGGAAAACCUAUGUUGAAUAAAAACUUAUCAAACGCGAAAAUUGCUGGUAUUGCUUCGUCAUUCACGUAUCCAUGUAAAAGCAGCGCCAAUGCUCGACUUAAGGUAAAAAUAACGACGACAGCAUUUAUUGCGUAGCUGAUGCGAGAUUUAGCGAAGAGUGUCUUCGUAUUAGUAGCACGAAUCAUGACACGAAGACACGAACCUGUGAGAAGUAAGAAUGAUGUUCCAAAGAAUACACGAUGUACUUCGUAAGCCAAAUGCCAUUUCUCCUUCAUUUUACCGAAUGGUUGAGGUUCAGGUUAAAAUAAUAUAAUGGUGUUUAGGAUACUCAAAACUGAAACAUGUGUAGUUAACUCGUAUAUUUUACAUAUAGACAGUUCAUUCGGAAAUAUUCUUAAUAAUUCAUAUUUUAAAACAAUACGUUUACGCUCUGAUCUGAUCUUCGUCGGAUAUGAUUGUAUUAUGAUCCUUCAGAUCAAAAUCUUGGUAAUUUACCAGCUCAGCAUGAUAACUCUCUCUAGUAUCUUGUCUCGCUUCUUUUUAUUUUAAGCUUUUUAAAUGUAUAUACAUUACUGCAUAUAUGAAUAUUUGUUCAGGGUCAUGCAGUCUGAUGAGAGUUGGCAAUCACGAAUUGUUAAAGUGGACGUUUCAAGGCCUAGUUACACCGACACCGUCUACUUUAAUAAACUAAAAGUUGAAUUUGAUAAGUGUUUCAACUAUGUUUUAUUAGAAUACAUGAUGCUAGCUUAGAAUAUAUGGAGGGAGUUAUCAUUCUAGUAAAUUGCAACGAUUUUUGAACAAUCAUAUAAGAAAUUAAUUCAUGCAUAUCGAACAAAGUUCGAUAUCACAUCAAAGGACAAAGACUUUUUGUGGGUCGGUAGAAAAUAUAUAUUAUAGUCUAGGUGCAUGAUAUUCAUAAGUAUCAAUUAAGUUAAUUUUAACGAGUUAAAUCCUUUCAUUCCUAACACCAGUUGACAUGACGUCGAUUACGAUAAAACUGUGAAGGAAGAGUGGAAAUUUGGCUUUCGAAGUGGAUGCAUCGUAUAUGUUUUCGAAUAUUAUUAUUAUAAGCUUUAUAUAUAUAGCCACAACAGACGUGUGCAUGACUUUACAUUUAAAACUCUGAGACUCAUAUAUACACGGGUUCCAAUAAAACUUAUGUCUAAGUUAUUAAUAUGUAUCUAAGUUAGUUAUUUAGCUAAAAUUAUUAAAAAGACACUUAUUAGUCUAAGACUCUUACUUCUCACAGGUUCGUGGCUUCGUGCCAUGUUCGUACUAGUAGCUAAUACGACGCCAAUCUCCGCCAAAUAUCGCCUCAGCUACGCAAUGAUUCCAAUGAAUACUGUCCUCGUUAUUCCAGUAAAUCGAGCAUUGCCAUUGGCAUUGCUUUUACAUGCAUGGAUACGUCAUACCUGAAGGACAAAGCAAUAUAUCCAAACAGUUUUCGCGUUUGAGAAUUUUUUUAUUUAAACGACCUAUACUCACAAAUAUUCAUUAUUUGUCCAAUUAAAUUAAUAUUAGCCACGAUCAAACACGAAUGAGAGUUGGCAAUCACGAAUUGUUCCAGUAGAUAUUUUAAGGUCUACAUACGUUCACAUAAGUUUUAUCAGAGUUCCAACUAUUUUUUCUUAAAUAGAUUACAUGUGAUAGUGUUAAGGGACAGUUGACCAAGAUCGCGUGACUGCCAACACUCAUUCGCUCUGGCAUCCUCGUUUGAUUCCGUCGGCUUUAAAGGCGGAUUUCCAGUCCUCGCACAAAGCUCCUCGCAGCUCGCUGCAAGUGCAUGCAUGAGCACUUUCAUCCAAUCACAAUGCUAUAAAACAUUUCAUUUUAAUUAGAUGCAAGCGCUCGCAGCGAGUUGCGAGGAGCUUCGUUAUAUCGAGGUUUGUCUCAAACCCAACAGUGAGCUCGACCACAUAAAGAGAGCCAUUUGAUAAUGAUAGCAACAAAUCCGGGCGAUAUGUAUCACCAGUUAUUAUUGAUGGACUUUUGAAUCCAGGCACAUCUGCGUAGAGGGCAGAACCGUUCACAGUUUGCAAGGUAUUGGCAAGAAAGUUCUGGAUUGAAUUGUGCCUCCGCGUAAAUCGAUCGAGAUAACACUGACAUCCAGCGACCACGUGCAGUAAUGAUUCUGGGCCGAGACAAAAGGAGGCAUUCUGAACUUGAAGACAAUCCGCCAUCUGCUAAGCCUCUUACGUGUCGGAAGAGAGUUAUUGAUACAGCGUAUAGUAAAGUUAUAAAUGUUUUUCGGAAGUUUUGAUUGAGCAGUAGACCACACUUUGUUAAGAUGCGACAAGGAGAACUUUGUCACAUUAGAGAAAAAGGAUCCCUGACAAGUUAAUUGGUUUUGGAGUUUAUUUUCAUAUUCAGAGCGAAAAUCUUUAAGCACUUCUUUGGUUGAGUUAUAAAUGUAAUGUUGGAUAUUAGUAUGAGUAUUAGUAGAUUUUCACAUUUCGUUAAUUGAUUAUAUUGAUUAGGAGAAAGUUUUAAAGCUUUCCGAAGAACUGUUUGGCAUUGGAUAAAUUUCACCGAAGGACGAGGAGGACGAGGAGGAGGACGACGACGAGGAGGAGGACGAGGAGGACGAGGACGACGACGAGUACGACGACGAGGACGACGACGAGGACGACGACGAGGACGACGACGAGGACGACGACGAGGACGACGACGAGGACGACGACGAGGACGACGACGAGGACGACGACGAGGACGACGACGAGGACGACGACGAGGACGACGACGAGGACGACGACGAGGAGGACGACGAGGACGAGGAUGA